AUGUUGGAUGAACCAACCAAAAAGACCCUGGAGAAGGAAAUACUUCCAUUUCUGAACAAGACUGCCAGAACAGAUGUUAAAGCUAUCGCAUUGGAGUAUUUUCUUGGAAUGACAGGAACUCUCGAUGGUCGAUCAUUUAUUGCUCAGGGAAAUGUUUACCUAGAAGGCAUUUUAUCUUUAACCACUGAUGAACACGAUUUAAUUAUUAAAGAUGCUUUUUUUUCCUUAACUAAUUUGGCUACGGACGAAACAACAGCAUGGAAACUCAUGAACAUGGACAAAUUUCCAAACAAUGGAAUUAAAUGGCUACGAUUUUCUAUCAGUCCUGAAAAUGAGACUGCAGACGUUGUACUUAGUUUGAUCUCCAAUUUAACUCGCUCUUAUAAAUGUGCUGAAAAACUAGUCCAGGAAAUUUCAGAAAGUGAUGACAUUACCAUUGAAAAACUAGUUUUAAUUCUUUGUGACUUGGAACAUAAUAAAAAAGCCAAAAUGAACUAUUUGGGUACAGUUUUGAUGAAUUUAACGCAAGUUCCUAACAUUCGUAAAGAGAUCACAAAUAAAGACAGAUGUAUAAUACAACGUUUACUGCCCUUUACAGAAUAUUCAGCCUCUGCCAUUAGAAGAGGUGGAGUGGUUGGUGCAAUCAGAAACUGCUGCUUUGACUCUAGUUAUCACGAAUGGUUAUUGAGUGAUGAAGUUGAUAUAUUACCACGUCUAUUAUUACCAUUGGCUGGUCCAGAGGAAUUUGAUGAAGAAGAUACAGAGAAAUUACCAGAUGAUCUUCAGUAUCUACCACCAGAUAAAACUCGAGAACCUGAUGCAGAUAUUAGAUUAUUACUGAUAGAAACUCUAAAUCAGCUUCUUGCUACCAAAUUUGGGCGAGAGACGUUUGAAAAGAAGAAUGCCUAUGUUAUAAUGAGAGAAUACCAUAAAUGGGAACCUGAUAGAAAAAACAAUUUAGCUAUUCACAAUGUUAUUGAUGUAUUGAUCGGCGAUGAGCCUGAUGAAGGAAUGGAGAAUUUACAAAACGUGGAAAUACCACCAGAUAUUCAGGAGAAGUUUAUUAAAGAAGAUAAAGAAAUGGAAAAACAAUUGAUUGUUGAAGAAGAUCGUGCUUCAAAAUCUGAUAAUAAAACUUAAAAUUUU